AAAAGGUAUCUGUAAUCGCACACUACCCACCGUUCACCGUUCACCGUUCACCGCCCACCCCCCACAACGGAAUACAGGAGACUCUUCAGCCGAAGUCUAUCAGACCACAAGAACAGCAACGAUCCACCUUACCAACMGACCAAGCAAGGAAGCAAGCAAGCAAGCAACUCCAUCGAGCACAGCACAGAACAGAAACACCAAUCUCAAAGAGCGAUGAAGAAUCUCGGCCCGGCGUUUCUCCUUUUCGGCGCCCUCGCGGCGACCGCAUCCGCCUUCUCCCCGGGGGCUCACCGCGCACGAGAGGCGGGUGCUGCUUCUCGGACGGCCCCGGGUGCCCCGCUGUUUGUCUCCACCAGCAGCCGGCCCUCCCGGGCGUCCGUGGAGGAGGACGAGGCCCUGGAGAUUUUCCAGAAGGCCCAGGACUUUGCCUUUUCCGACGACGAGGCCGUCCAGGGAUCUUCCUCCCUGACCGACGAGGAGGCCCUCCUGACCGAGUCGCGUUACUGGCUGCGGGAGAUGAUCCGGGUCCAGAGCGGCUGCGCCACCGGGACGAUCGCCGAGAAGGGCGUCUGCGAGAACCAGCUCGGGGCGGCGGAAAUCGUCGGCCGUCUCCGGUUCCGGAUCGAGAAGCACGAGAAGAGGCUGGAAAAGCGUAGCAAGGGGUGAGUCCUUCGUUGUCGUUCUUGUCGUUGUUGUUGUUGUUGUUGUCGUCGUUGUCGGAAGUGAAACGAAUCAGCGCGGGCACACGCAAACGAAAAGGGUAUGGUUGUUGGUCACUUGCAAGCACUCGCUCAUCGCAACAAGUGUCGUCUCAUCCAAUUUGUUUUGUAUUUCUUGGUUCUCGCGUGAUACCUCGUCCGGUUUGGCUUGCAACGCAACGCAACGCAACGCAUUGCAUCGCUCCGAUCUACAACAAACAGAUCCGAUUCGGUCGUUCCCACGAUCGCUACCGAGCUGGCUCUGGGGGCCCUCCUGGUGGUGGUGGCAAUCUUUUGGGCGACCCUGGACCUCGGCCAGCGCCACGACGACCUUCCUUCCCUCAACAACUUCCAGGAUUUUUUGAGCGUCGUGGAGGAAAAGGAAUACCAGUUUUUUGGUGGGCUGGGCCAAUGAUGGUGGUGCACCGCCUCGCCUCGCGACGAACCAAACCAAACCAAACCGAAACACGACCUUACUGUAAGCAAAACUGCACGACAUGGAUCGCUACGAGACGAGACAGAAACUGGAAUCGUUGUGGAGGUAGUAACCAGCUGUGGACGGGGAAAUACGGAGCGAUUUGUUCUUCGUGUUUUAUCUUCAUAACACGUCACAUUGGUACACCAUAUAUACGGGAUGAUUGUUAUCCUGGAAAUGUAUUCAAUGGAUGAAAGCGGGGCAAAACAAAACCGACAUCCAAGAAUGCAUUCCAGUACAACGAAGAAUUGUAGCCCAAUGGAAGGAAAAAAUAGUAAUUAUUGUCACGACGAUGCUGUUGGUGGGAGCUGCGACGAAGAAGCACAACAGAACAAACAGGACAGAACGAGCAACAAACCAAUCAACUUUCGAUCGAAACCAUAAAAGUCAAUAGAAAUGUAUACAUGCA